CGUGCAUACAAAUACAUUUAAUCUGGGUUGAAGACGUCACUUGUAGAUUAUUUUACAGAUAAGUAGGGUUUUCCUCUCCAAACGGGCACACAGAUAGUAAAGUAAGAUGAAGCUUCUAGUGAUUGUAUGCUGUCUGGGCCUCGUGUUUGCUGACUCAGAGCCACAGAGAGAGUACGUUUUGUUUGAGAAAGUUGACGGUGAUCUGAAUGGCUGUCUUAACCAAAAUGAAGUUGACCAUAUUUUCCUUGCUUUUGAUGUGGAUCACAACCAGGAAGUGACGAGAAUUGAGUUUGAAAACGACUGGAUUAACGUGUACCAGUUAGGCAACGCUCGAGAGGCCAAUCUGCUCUUCAACAAGGCGGACGUUAAUGGAGACGGGCAUCUCACCCACGCAGAUAUGCCACUUAUCUACACCUACUUUGACAUGAACAGUGACGGUUGUGUGGACAGGAAUGAGUUCCUCACUCAGUGGGGAGAUCUGCAGCUAGCACCUGUCGAUAUUUCUAUCAUUGACGCCGGCGACACGACAACAGCACCUCCCUCUACUACAACGCAUGCCAACCACGGACAUCAUGGACGACCUUGGAUUAGGAAAUUGGGAGAGCUCUUUACAAAAUGUUCUUCAAGAACCACCAUCGUCGCUGAUUGCGAGAUUCUGGUGAAAUCAAUGGACAAAAAUCUCUUGUUGUGGUGUUUUGGUGCUGUCCUGGGGGUCAUCGUGGUAAGUGGACAGUUUCAUUUGGGACGCCCCGUUGUCGACAGUCCAGAGGCCCACACCAUUUUUGCUGCGGCUGAAAGAAAUAGAACUCCAGAUGGUUUCCUUACAAAAUUAGAAUUGGACGACAUUUUUCAGACGUUUGACCAAAAUCUGGAUGGCAUUGUUGACGAACAAGAAUUCAUAUACAUUUGGAGAUCUCGACAUUUGGGUGAUAUCUCCCACGCCAUUACCCUUUUUCAUCAUGCCGAUACAGAUCGCGAUGACGUCAUUUCGAAGGUUCCGGAUCUCACACGCGUUUUCUACUAUUUCGACCGGGAUCAAGACGGUAAAGUCAGCGAAGAGGAAUUCGUACAAGUAUGGAUGUCCUUGUCUAUGUGAAUAACGAAAUGAAUAAAAGAGCGCGCAUUCCA